AACGUGUACGCCGGCCACCGCAGGGCCGACAACCUACCCGUUGCCAUUAAACACAUCCCUAAUGAUGACGUCUACUGCACACAUGAGGACGACGAAGGGAACAAAAUUUCCAUUGAGAUCGCCAUCAUGUUGAAGCUCUCGGCCAAAUCGGAGGGGGCAUCGCCAUACCUUACCUUGCUGGACUGGUACCAGUUAGAGGAGGAGCUGGUGAUGGUGAUCGAGAGGCCCAUCCCCGCUACGGAUUUAUUUGACCAUAUCAUGGGCAAAGGAGGCUUCGUGAAGGAAAAAGAUGCCAAGAUCAUACUGAGGCAGCUUGUCGAUGCGGCGCUCGAUCUGGAGAACAAGAACAUUUUCCACCGGGACAUAAAGGUGGAGAACAUCCUGAUCGAGACAAGUUCGAAGGUCCCACGAGUUCGCGUUAUCGACUUUGGUCUGAGCUGUUACGACGAUAAAAAAGAGACUUAUCAUGAGUUUUUCGGAACUACAUACUCCCCAGAGAUUCUCCUUAGCAAGGGGUACAAAUCAGGAUCCACCACAGUGUUUCAGAUUGGAGCGGUGCUGUUUAACACCCUUCACAAAUUCGAAAAAUUUGACCCGUUAGUUUUUUAUUUAAAGCGUCAAAAUCUCCCCCAAAGCAUCUCCAAGAACCGCAAAGACUUCCUCCAGAUGUGCCUGAGAAAUGACCCCAACGAACGUCCCACACUGGAGCAGCUGAAGAAUCACCAGUGGCUCAGAAAAUCCGAUAAGACCUCAGCACACAAACACAAAUAG